UUAGUUUUGUGCCGUGUUCGAGUCGAUUGUGAUCGUGAAAGUCGACUCGGUCCUCUCUCGCGCGGCAGUAGCAGAAAGUUUCAGUUGUUCGACAGAUGUUAGCCGAAACAGUCGUGACAUCCGAAUACGAAAAGAAUCACUGAAUAUGUGCAAAGUUAAGUUGUUACUGAAAGUUUAACGGCGGUAGUACCCGUUUGCGGUAUGAAGUUUUUGAAAGUUGGAUACUUCAGAUUCCCGUAACAACAAUUUCCCAACAUGUGGAUUCAAUUAUUGGGAAGUGUCCUGUUUAUGGUGUUCACUUUGGCAAAAGGAAAACCGGAAGGUCUGGAACAGUGUACGUGGUCAGCCGAUAACAAAGACUCUUCGCCUGGUAAAAUUGUGGUCACUUGUAAAUUUCGAACUCUCGACGGAAGUGGAACAAAUUUAAGUGCGCUUCCAGUGGAAGGAACCACGAAGUUGCGGCUGCAGUGCAGCGAUGUGCUCUUCUUCGACAGCGAGCUUCCGUCACAAGGACUGCAACGAUUACAUGAACUUCAAGAUCUUCAAAUAUCCCGCUGCAAGUUGCUCACAGUUGAACCCAGUUCGCUGGAAAACUUGCAGAAUCUCCGUAAACUUGUUGUAAACACUUUCAACGCGGAAUGGAGCAACUCGAAAUCAUUGGAACUUCAUGGAAAAAGCUUUGUCGGUUUGAAGGAGCUGCAAAUUUUGGAUUUGGGAUACAAUAACAUCCGAAAUAUUCCGGAAGAAGUGUUUUGUUCUUUGCCCAGCUUGCACAAUCUCAACUUGACCCGGAAUCGGAUCAGAAGUGCGGAAAGGCUCGGUUUCGGUGGUGAAUUCUCGUCAAAAACGGACUGCAGCAACAGUGACCUGCAAAUAUUAGACUUGUCAUACAAUGAAAUUAGUUCGUUACCGGAAGGGUCUGGAUUUUCGCGUUUACGUCGUCUCCAAACACUCGAUCUAAAAUUUAACAAUAUCAGUGAAGUCUCCGGGGAAGCCCUCAACGGUCUGGUAUCCCUUCGCGUACUCAACCUAGCGAACAACAGAAUUGGAUCUCUACCUCAGGGACUAUUUGCCGGCUCGAGAGAAUUGCGCGAAGUACAUCUCCAGAACAAUUCGUUAUUUUCUCUUGCUAAAGGUCUUUUUCACCGUUUGGAGCAGCUGCUUGUUCUCGAUUUAUCGGGAAACCAGUUGACCAGCAGCCAUAUUGAUGCUGGUACAUUUAUCGGCCUGAUACGGCUAAUAGUUCUCAAUUUAUCGCACAAUGCCCUAACCCGGAUCGAUGGCCGCACAUUCAAGGACCUAUUCUUCCUCCAGAUUCUCGAUCUAAAGAACAAUUCGAUAGGAUUCAUCGAAGACAACGCGUUCCUACCUCUCUACAACCUGCACACUCUCAAUCUGGCUGAAAACCGCUUGAAUACAAUCGGUCCGCUUCUAUUCAAUGGGCUAUUUGUUUUGAGUAAAUUGACACUUAACAACAAUCUCAUUCUAAACAUCGAUCCCCAAGCAUUCCGAAAUUGCUCCGACCUGAAAGAGCUCGACUUGAGUUCCAAUGCACUCGAAGAAGUUCCUGAAGCUAUACAAGAACUGUCUUUCUUGAAAACGUUGGACUUGGGUGAAAAUCAAAUAAGCGAUUUUCACAACGGUUCCUUUAAAAAUUUAAAUCAGCUGACUGGGUUACGACUGAUCGAUAACAACAUCGGGAAUCUAACGAAAGGAAUGUUGUGGGAUUUGCCUAGUUUGCAAGUGUUGAAUUUAGCAAAAAACAAGGUGCAGAGCAUCGAACGUGGUACAUUCGACCGCAACACACAAAUCGAAGCCAUUCGCCUCGACGAAAAUUAUCUGUUCGACAUAAACGGCGUGUUCGCAACGCUGGCGAGCCUCUUGUGGUUGAAUCUUUCGAAAAACCACAUCGUAUGGUUCGAUUACGCUUUUAUUCCGAGCAAUUUGAAGUGGUUAGAUAUUCAUGGGAACUUCAUCGAACACCUCGCCAACUAUUACAAAAUUCAAAAAGAGAUACGCGUCAAAACCUUGGACGCAAGUCACAACCGGAUAACCGACAUCUCGUCCAUGUCCAUACCGAACAGCAUUGAACUAUUAUUUAUCAAUAACAAUUUUAUAAAAUCCGUACAUCCAAACACGUUCCUAGAAAAGACGAAUUUAGUGAGAGUCGACAUGUACGCCAAUUUCUUGGUAAACUUGGACUUGAACGCCCUGAGGUUAUCGCCGGUGUCUUCUAACCGAACUCUACCAGAAAUCUACAUCGGCGGCAACCCUUUCUAUUGCGAUUGCUCAAUGGAAUGGUUACAACUUAUCAACAACAUGUCGAAUACGAGACAAUACCCUCGCGUGAUGGAUUUAGAAAACAUAAUGUGCAGCAUGACAUAUUCCAGAGGAAUGACUCAAAUGCCACUACUGACGGCGAAAACUAGUGACUUUCUAUGUUCGUACGAAACGCAUUGCUUCACACUCUGCAACUGUUGUGACUACGACGCAUGUGAUUGCGAGAUGACAUGUCCGCAGAACUGUUCCUGUUAUCACGAUCAAACGUGGAAUACGAACAUCGUGGACUGUUCCAAUCUCAAAACCAACAAAAUACCGCAACGCAUUCCCAUGGACGCAACCGAGGUCUAUCUGGACGGCAACAAUCUCACAGAAUUGCAAGAUCAUGUGUUCAUCGGUCGGAAAAAUAUGAGAGUGCUCUUCGUGAAUAACAGUGGCAUCGAGUCGAUCCAGAACAGAACCUUUAACGGGCUUAACGCAUUACGAAUCCUACACCUGGAAGAGAACAACUUACGCGAGUUGAAAGGUUACGAGUUCGAAAGUUUGUCGCAGAUGAAGGAACUUUACCUACAAAAUAACAUGAUCACGAACGUAGGAAAUAUGACGUUCGCGUCACUUACUUCCCUGGAAAUUCUGCGUUUAGAUGGCAACAAGUUGGUUACGUUUCCGGUAUGGCAACUCGGUAUGAACAAGCGACUCGCAGAGGUCACACUCGGCGGUAAUACGUGGUCGUGUCGGUGUAAAUUUCUGCAAGAAUUCUCUUUGUGGGUAAACGAUAACGUGGCCAUUGUAAGAGACGUUAUGGACAUCACGUGUUUAAACGUUGACUCUAGUCCACCGCAAGUGCGCGAAAUUAAACUGAACAGCACCGUGUGUAGCGAUUAUUAUGCCGUAGGUUCGGUAAUUGAUAGCAUGUUCGUAUCGGACUAUUUGCCGAUGGCCGUUGUGUCGUUGUGCGUGGUGCUCCUGAUCCUUUUGGGGCUGAUAUUGUGGUUCUCGUUCCGCGAUUCGGCACGGGUGUGGUUGUACUCGCGCUACGGCGUCCGUUUGUGCAGCUUCCGGGCAACGGCCGCAAAACAGUGCGAGGACAGAGACAAACUCUACGAUUGUUUCGUGUGUUACAGUCCGAAAGACGAAGAAUGGGUGGUGCAGUCGCUCGCGGCGGAACUGGAGCCGACGUUUCAGCUUUGUCUGCACUACAGAGACGUUCCUCAUGCCGCGUAUGUGCAACACGCCGCGCCCGCCGUACUGGAAGCGGCCGAAGCCAGCCGCAGGGUGAUAUUAGUGCUAACUCGCAAUUUCUUGCAGACCGAGUGGUCGCGUUACGAACUGAGGCAAGCUUUACACGAAGCCCUCAAGGGCCGAGUGUUCAAGCUCAUCAUUUUAGAAGAAGGCCCGAUACCAGAAGCCGAACUGGACCUCGAAUUACGACCGUAUCUGAAAACCGGACAUCGGAUCCGAUGGAACGAUAAGCGAUUUUUCGAGAAACUAAGGUACGCUCUGCCGUCAGUCGAGCCGCGUAGUAAAAUUAAUGCCAAUUAUCGACGUAACAUAAAUAAUUAUACGAUCGACUCGCGCGUAGUAGCCAACGGCACGCACCAUCAUACGUAUCCAGAGAAAAUAAAAAAUCCCGCUCCCCCUUCGCCCGGUCUCCAGAUGUUCCCACCGCCGGCGUACAGUGCCGGAAUCGCCCAGGAAGUUGACGACGCGAAUUAUUCUUCGGCUACCACGGCAACGCCAUCUCCUAAGCCGAAUCGCAGGAUGCAAGAGCCCAGGCCCCUGUCCGAUCACAUCUAUUCCAGUAUAGAUUCAGAUUAUAGUACUCUAGAAAGGGGCGGUUCCGGCCGAAGGGGACCUCCGUGGAGGCCUAAGGUCAUGAUGCACCAUGCCGGAGGAGGCAGCGGGCAAGCUUACCUCGUGUGAUAUAACUGACUGAUUAGUCGUAACUAAGACUUUUAUUAAUAAUAAUUAUAAUUACUAUAAUUAUCAUGAUGAUAAUAUUAAAUUAAAGAACAAAAAAAGAAAGUAAAGGCUUUUCGAAUUUUCGUGUAACUUCGAUUUGUAUAUUUCCUGUAAAUAGUCGUAUUUAUUUUAAUGAUUCAUUUUGUAUUAUUUGUGU